GUAAACUAAAAAUGUCAUCUCCUUGUAUCCUCCUCUUUCUCCCUCUCAUUUUCCUCUUCUCCUCUCUUCAUCUCACCACUUCACAGCCUCAAUCUCAACCCACUUCUCUCGCCUGCAACUCCACCCCCUACCCCAAGCUCUGCCGCUCCCUUCUCCGCGCCUUCAACUCCUCCCCCUCCAACCUUUACAACUACGGAAAGUUCUCCAUUAAACACUCUCUCAAAGAAACCCAGCAACUCUCCAAAGCUAUCAAACACACCCUCGCCCACCACAAACAGCGCUCCAAGCUCUCCCACCUCGAGCUUGGCGCCUUGGAAGACUGCUGGCAACUCAUGGACUUCAAUGUGGAUUAUCUGGACUCCAUUGGAACCGAGCUCAAGGCUGCCGAGUCGAUGAGUGAUGAACUCGUUGACAGAGUCAAUAGUUUGCUGAGUGGAAUCGUCACGAAUCAACACACCUGCUUUGAUGGUCUGGCUGAGUCCAAGAGUGGUUUUGCUACUGCUUUGUAUGAACCACUGUCGAAUGUGACCCGGUUGUACAGUGUAUCGCUCGGUCUGGUGACUCAGGCGUCGGAGCGAAACUUGAAGAAGAAUAAGAGAAAUGAAGGGUGGAAAAACCGGUUUUUGAAGAACCCGAACCCGGUUCGUGAACAGCUGGAAACUCUUAUCAAGGUACUGAGAAAGGGGUCUUGCAUUAGGUGCCAUAAAGGAGAAAGAAGCCUUGAUGAAUUAGAAAACCAAGGAAUUCUUGUGAACCAAACCGUGAUUGUGAGCCAAGAUGGCAGUGAUACCUUCACCACCAUUGGAGAGGCCAUCGCAUUUGCUCCAAACAACUCAAAGCCCGAAGAUGGAUACUUCAUAAUCUACGCAAAAGAAGGGUACUACCAAGAAUAUGUGGUCGUUCCUAAGUAUAAGAAGAACAUCCUGCUCAUCGGAGACGGGAUUAAUCGCACUGUCAUUAGCGGAAAUCACAGCGUCGUCGAUGGCUGGACUACUUUUAAUUCUUCAACCUUCGCUGUCUCUGGUGAGAGAUUUACAGCAGUUGAUGUUACAUUCAGAAACACGGCUGGCCCGGCGAAGCACCAGGCGGUUGCAUUGAGGAAUAAUGCGGAUUUAUCAACAUUCUAUCGAUGCAGUUUCGAGGGCUAUCAAGACACUCUUUACGUCCAUUCUCUCAGACAAUUCUACAGAGAAUGCGACAUAUACGGAACUAUAGACUUCAUUUUCGGCAAUGCAGCUGCCGUCUUUCAGAGCUGCAAUUUAUACGCCAGGAAACCGAUGGUGAAUCAGAAGAACGUGAUCACAGCUCAAGGAAGAACUGAUCCGAAUCAAAACACCGGCAUUUCCAUCCACAACUGCACCAUUCAGGCUGCGCCCGACUUGGCAAUGGACUUGAAUUCCACAUCAAACUACCUCGGCAGGCCCUGGAAAGAGUAUUCCAGGACAGUUUACAUGCAAUCUUACAUUGGCGAUUUGAUAAAUCCUGAAGGGUGGCUUGAAUGGAAUGGAACGGUGGGAUUGGAUACUUUAUAUUAUGGGGAGUUUCAGAAUUUUGGACCGGGGGCAAAUACUUCCUCGAGGGUGAAAUGGCACGGUUAUAAUUUGAUGAAUGCUACACAGGCUAUGAAUUUUACUGUUUAUAAUUUUACAAUGGGGGAUACUUGGUUGCCUUAUACCAAUAUUCCAUUUUCUGAAGGGUUGCUGGUAUUAAAUUAAUUAAAUUGUAAGGUAGGUUGAUUAUUAUGGGAGAAAAUUCGAUUCUUAUGCUAACAAGGACAUUCAAUUCAUCAUCUCAA